GGAAGAUCACACAGGCUGAUGGUUUCAUUGUAAAGUGAACGAGUGAUCUGACGCACCGACUGCUACACUCCAGGACAACAUGCAGAGUGUAAGUUCUCCAGGGGGCCGCGUCCUCUCUGAGGACCAGUUCACCUGCUCCAUCUGUCUGGAGGUGUUUGUGGAACCCGUGUCCACGCCGUGUGGUCAUAGCUUCUGCAAGGCAUGUCUGCAGGGCUACUGGAACCACAGCAAGAAAUUCCUAUGUCCCAUGUGCAAGAAGAGCUACACUAGGAAGCCCGAGAUGAGCGUCAACAGAGUCCUGGCAGAGAUCUCCUCCCAGUUUCAGGGGCUGGUGGUCGCUGGUGGUGGACCUGACGGGCCUGGGUCCUCUUUGCAAAGCUCUACGCUGAAUUUGAGUGCCGACGCUGGUCGUGGGGGCUCACCGGGUCUUGACACAGGAGAGUUUGCAAGGGAUGGAGAUGUACCAUGUGAUGCUUGCAUCGGGAGGAAGCUGAGGGCGCACAAGUCCUGCAUUAACUGUCCUGGGUCCUUCUGUGAAACACAUUUGAGACAUCACAGAAAGGUGAAGUCCCUGACAUCCCAUCGCCUCAUCGAGCCCACCUUCCACCUGGAGGACAAGAUCUGCAAAAAGCACGAGCGACUUCUGGAGGUGUAUUGCCGCACUGAUCACGUCUGCGUCUGCACUGCCUGUGUGGACUCCGGGCACAAGUCGCACGAUAUCGUCUCUACAGACCACGAGUGGAAGAAGAAGAUGAGCAUCCUGGGAAAGAAGAGGUCUGAGCUCAAGCACCUGAUCAAGGAGAGAGCCAAGAAGCUGGAGGAACUGAAACACUCCAUCAGGGUCAUCAAGACCAGCGCCCAGAAAGAGCUGGAGGAGAGCUGGCAGGUGUUUGCUGAACUUCAGCGAUUGGUGGAGCAGAGUCAGGCCGACCUGGUGGAACUCAUCACUACCAGGCAGCGUGAGGCCGAACGUCAUGCGCAAGAGCUAGCACGGAGCCUGGAGAAUGAGCUGAGUCAGUUGAGGAGGCGGAGCCACGAGCUAGAUGCCCAAGUCCAGACCAAGGACAGGGUGGUUUUCUUGCAGCACUUGGCCACCUUGCCUCCUCUGCCCGAGCCCACCGACUGGGCAGCGGUGAGCAUCAACACAGACCUCUACCUGGGGACCAUCCGCACCUCCGUCAGCGGCCUUGUUGACAAGUUUCAGGAGGAGCUCAAGAGGCUUUAUGGCAAAGAACUCCGCAAGUUGCAGAACUAUUCAAGUGAGGUCAUUCUGGACCCCGCCACUGCGCAGAAGAACCUGGUGGUGUCUGAAGAUGGCCGCCAGGUGAGGUACGAAGAGCGCAAAACCUCCCACUCCGAGGGCCCUAAACGUUUCAGCCCGGCCCUUUUCGUUCUUGGACUUGAGGGUCUCAGCUCGGGUCGCCAUUACUGGGAGGUGGAUGUCGCACGCAAGACAGCCUGGACUCUUGGCUUGGCUAACGGCUCAGCCCGCCGCAAAGGCGAGAUCAAGCUGAGCCCAGAGGGGGGUUACUGGUGCUUGUGGCUCAAAAAUGGUGAAGUGAAGGCGCUGGCCUCAUCCCGCUUGCCUCUUAUGUUGCCAUCCCAGCCCAGCAAGGUGGGAAUCUUUCUGGAUUAUGAAGGAGGACAAGUGUCCUUCUAUGAUGCCAAAGCUCGCAUGCACCUCUAUACUUUCCUUCACAGUUUUAAUGAGAGUCUCUACCCCAUCUUCAGUCCCUGCCUCAGCCAGGAGGGCAAGAACAUCUCCCCUCUUGUCAUAACCGCCAUUAAACAUACCUGAUUGUGACCACACAAACUUUUAACUCAUGGAUUUCACUUAAAUAUCACUGAGGGACUCAUCACAGACUCAGAUAUUUUUAACCUACAGUGGUCACAGGGUGGUUUCAAGGGUCGUGGUCUUAGUUUUACAGUAUGUGCAAGAUUUGCUUUUGUUCCCAAAACAUUUGAAUAAAGACUAUUUCAUACUAAAA